GCGACGACGGGCGACGAGCUAACAGGACGAGGGUGUUGCGGACGGCGGCCGAUUGGCGAUUACGCGAUUUCUGUGUGCGAAUUGCGAAACGCGAAUGUGCUACACAGCGCGAUAUCGCUGCUGAGGAGUAGGAGUGCCGCGACGCCGAGUGAUGACUGUUGAUGGACGAAAUGUGAAUAUCUUAUUAUUAAAUUUUUCAAUUUUGUGUCGGUGACGUAAUCUUACAAAUGUAAUCGUCAGAUGGCGUUGCAAUCAACUGCUCGCCCGAUGCCCGACACUACAAUAUGAUAGAGCCUAUGCUUAAUAAUUAAAGUAAAAGCUCAAUUUAUGAUCCUAUCAUUGUAAAUAAAAGUAAAAGCUCCAAUGGUGCCCGUGCUUAUGCUAUUUGAAGCGUAAACUAUAAACACCAGAGUCCAGAUCACGGAUAUUCUUUUUAUCCGUGGUACAGAUACUGCUGUUAUCAAUGAUAACAACCGAUCCACAAUUGAUAACUCAUAAUUUAAAGUUUGAAUUAAUAUAAAUAUUAUGAUUUAAGUAAUAAGUAUAUUUUUUUUUACAGAAACUACUACAUAGUAUAUUACAAAAUUAUAUUAAGAUAUUCCGUGAUAUUGUCAAUUGUUAUUUAUGUUUUCUAUAUCCUUGUGAUCUGGAAUAUUAAUAUUAUAUUUUGGUAGUUUCGUACUUUCAUAUCAAACAUCAGUAUACUUAUUGGUUUUACCAGAAUCGUUGAUUGUUCAAGUUUCGAUUACUCCGCAGCUGACGUACAGCUGCGAAAAAUGGAACUCCAAGAUACGUUCUAUAGUAAAUCUGAAUAUGUAGAAACGACAACUGGCAAUAAAGUUAGCCGGCAAGCUCAAAUUUAUGGCUCUCAAAAUAUUAUUCUGAACGGUAAAGUCAUACUACAGUCUGGAGUAAUGAUACGAGGUGAUCUAGCUAGUGUUAAAAUGGGCCGGUAUUGUUUUGUGGGCCGAGGUUCAGUCGUACGACCACCAUGCAAAAAAUUUAGUGGAGGAUUUACUUAUUUUGCUCUUCAAAUUGGAGAUCAUGUACACAUUGGGGAGCAAAGUGUCAUUCAAGCAGCUAUCAUUGGAUCUUAUGUACACAUAGGAAAAAAUGUUGUUAUUGGUAAAAGAUGUAUACUUAAAGACUGCUGUAUGAUUGGAGAUAAUACAGUACUUGCACCCGAUACUGUAGUUCCUUCAUUUACACAUUAUUCUGGUUCUCCAGGCAUCCAAAUUGGUCAAUUACCAGUUUGUACUCAAGAUCUAUCUACUGAUUAUACCAAAUCGUUUUAUGAUCACUUUGUUCCGUCUAUUGAUAAUUUGUAAGAAGACCCGCGUACACACUACAAGUGGCCAGCGAUUAAAAAUCGAUCACGUUAUCGUGCCGCUGAAUACAGAUGACAUGCAGCCUUUAUAUAACAAUAUAAUAGUUAUCUAUUAAUUAAUUUUUUUAAUACUCGUUUA